AUGCGUUGUGAUGGAGGUGACGACAGGGGUAGCGGCAGUAAUGGCAGUGGUGGAAUCAGCGGCUUUGGUGGUGAUCGCGGCGGUGGUUGUGACGACAGCGGUAGCGGCCGUAAUGGCAGUGGUGGAACCAGCGGCUUUGGUGAUGAUCGCGGCGGCGGUGGUGGCGGCGCCGCUAGCUGUGAGAGUAGCGGUGUAGUUAUUAACGUAAAAAUAAUUAAUGUAAAAGAGGGUAACAUAGUUAAUUUAAGGAUUGAGAAAUAUAUUGUAAAAAAUUUCAUUAACCGUAUUAUAAAUACUAGUCACAUGCUCGCACGAUGCGACAAUGUGAUGAUGGUGGCAACGGGUGGUGGUUGUGGCGGUGGAUGCGGCAUAGUACUGGCGUUAUAG